AUGCAUUCCCACCACUCUCAUAGUGGGGAUUAUGUUUCUCAUGCGGUAGGGAGCCUAGAAGAAAUGGUGGGUACGGCGAAAGCCAAGCAAUUGACCCAUUUUUGUCUUACCGAACACAUGCCUAGACUCACAGACCAGUACCUUUACCCUGAAGAAUUAGAGAAGGGUUACACUGUGGCCAAUUUGAAGGCGAACUUCGAAAACUACCUCACUCACGCACGAAGAAUACAAGCAAGAGAAAAUUUGGCAGGCCAAAUUCAAAUUUUGGUGGGGUUCGAGGUAGAAGGUAUAGACCUUGCCCACAUAGAACUUGCCUCUAUGUUCAAGAAACAAACCGAUAUGUGUAUAGGAUCUGUUCAUUAUGUUCAUGGGAUUCCGAUUGAUUUUGAUAGGGAACAAUGGGACAUGGCUCGGACAGCUUCGGGUGGAACUACAAGAGCCCUUUAUAAGGACUACUUUAAUCUUCAAUACGAAGUGAUAAGGGCUCUAAAGCCAGACGUGAUCGGUCACUUUGACUUGAUCCGGCUCUUUCAAGAGGAUGAAAUUGAUCAAACUGGAAGAUUGCUCUCUGAAAUUGAUGUGGAAAGGGACUGGCCGGACGUUUGGGAAUUAAUAGUCAGAAACAUUAAACUUGUUGUAUCAUACGGUGGUUUAUUCGAACUUAAUUCGUCUGCGAUACGAAAAGGAUGGCUGACUCCUUAUCCACGCAAAGAUUUAGCUCGUGCGAUUGUUAAAUUCGGUGGGAAAUUCUGCUUGUCGGACGAUUCACAUGCAUACAAGCAAGUUGCACUCAAUUAUCAUCGUGUCUGGGAAUAUGUUCAAGAAUUGGGCUUGACUCAUAUCUAUCAUCUUGAAUUGAACUCGCUAGGCAAAACUAUUGUUGCAGAAGAUUCUGUGGCCGCUUUGUCGGAACUGACAUUUUGGGACCAGUACAAAUAG